GAGUUCAUCUCGGAGCGGGUGGAGGUCGUGUCCCCACUGAGCUCUUGGAAGAGAGUGGUUGAAGGCCUCUCACUGUUGGACUUGGGAGUGUCUCCGUAUUCUGGAGCAGUAUUUCAUGAAAAACUAGAAAAGGAAGAUAAAUUGGGACUUCCCUGGUGGCGCAGUGGUUGAGAAUCUGCCUGCCAAUGCAGGGGACACGGGUUUGAUCCCUGGUCCGGGAAGAUCCCACAUGCUGCGAGGCAGCUAAGCCCGUGCACCACAACUGUUGAAGUCCAUGCGCUCUAGGGCCUGCGUGCCACGACUACUGAGCCUGCGUGCUGCAACUACUGAAGCCCGUCUGCCUAGAGCCCAUGCUCUGCAACAAGAGAAGCCACCGCAAUGGGAAGCCCGCGCACCGCAACGAAAAUAUUGACAGUCAUGAAAAUAAAGUCGGUUCUUUGGGAUGCACAGUAAAAUUGACUCCAUUAAUAAUAUACCUCUUUCAUUUCCUGAUUGACUAUGCUGAGUUGGUAUUUAUGAUAACUGAUGGACUCACUGCCAUUGCCCUGUAUUUUGCAAUCCAGGACUUCAAUAAAGUUGUGUUUAAAAAGCAGAAACUCCUCCUAGAACUAGACCAGUAUGCCCCAGAUGUGGCCGAACUCAUCCGAACCCCUAUGGAAAUGCGUUACAUCCCUCUGAAAGUGGCCCUUUUCUAUCUCUUAAAUCCCUACACGGUCUUAUCUUGUGUUGCCAAGUCUACCUGUGCCAUCAACAACACCCUCAUUGCUUUCUUCAUUUUGACCACGAUAAAAGGCAGUGCCUUCCUCAGUGCUAUCUUUCUUGCCUUGGCAACAUACCAGUCUCUGUACCCACUCACCUUGUUUGUCCCAGGACUCCUCUAUCUUCUCCAGCGGCAGUACAUACCUGUGAAGGUGAAGAGCAAAGCCUUCUGGGUCUUCUCUUGGGAGUAUGCCACGAUGUAUGUGGGAAGCCUAGCGGUGAUCAUUUGCCUCUCCUUCUUCCUUCUCAGUUCCUGGGAUUUCAUCCCUGCAGUCUAUGGCUUCAUACUUUCUGUUCCAGACCUCACUCCAAACAUUGGCCUCUUCUGGUACUUCUUUGCAGAGAUGUUUGAGCACUUUAGCCUCUUCUUUGUAUGUGUGUUUCAGAUCAACGUCUUCUUCUACACCAUCCCCUUAGCCAUAAAGCUAAAGGAGCACCCCGUCUUCUUCAUGUUCAUCCAGAUUGCCAUCAUCUCCAUCUUCAAGUCCUACCCGACGGUGGGGGAUGUGGCCCUCUACAUGGCCUUCUUCCCCGUGUGGAGCCAUCUGUACAGAUUCCUGCGGAACGUAUUUGUCCUCGCCUGCAUCAUCAUCGUCUGCUCCCUGCUCUUCCCUGUCCUGUGGCACCUCUGGAUUUAUGCAGGAAGUGCCAACUCCAAUUUCUUUUAUGCCAUCACACUGACCUUCAACGUUGGGCAGAUCCUGCUCAUCUCUGAUUACUUCUAUGCCUUCCUGCGGCGGGAGUACUACCUCACACAUGGUCUCUACCUGACCGCCAAGGACGGCACGGAGGCCAUGCUUGUGCUCAAGUAGGCCUGGCUGGGCACAUGGCUGCACAGACUCCAGGGGGUGAAAGGGCCAGAAGCUGGGCCGAGCCCUACCAGAGUUGCCAGCAGGCAAGUCCUAGGGCAGAUGAGGUUUGAGUCACGAAUAUCUGGUACCACUGAGGAGCCAAGGCUGACAGCAAGACCUGUCGGGAGUAGCCAGGAGCAUCUCCACUUGGACCCCCCACUUUGUGGCUCUGUACACCAAGGAGCCCCCCACUCCCAAGCAGGAGAGGGGAAGAAGCAGGUGAGCAGGGUUUUGUUAGGUUGUGGCUACUAAAUAAAUGUUUUUUGUUAUGAAAA